AUGACUUCUUUGCAAUUUUGGAAUUGUAGAGGAACCAAGAAAGUUGAGGCUACUCUAUAUCUUAAGGAGGUGAUCAAGGAUCAUAGGGUGUUCUUUGUCGGUUUGUUGGAGACCAAGAUUAGUUCUCUUGAUAAUAGUCAAAUUUUGAAAAUUUUGGGCAACAAUUGGAGUUUUUUUGUGGUUCCUGCGGCCAAACAUUCAGGAGGUUUAAUGGUGUUAUGGAGGAAAGAUUUAGCUGAUUUUUCAGUUAUUGAGGUUUCCUCCCAAAUGGUUGUGGGUAAAUUGGAGGUUCUCGGUAAAGGUAGUUGGGUUGUAGCUUCUGUUUAUGGCAGUACUAAUGCUUUCGAAAGGAAGUUGCUAUGGUACAGUCUUGAAAGGCAUUGUUCAGGUGAUCUACCUAUGGGGGUAGGAGGAGAUUUCAACUGUGUACUUUACCAAGAUGAGAAAAGAGGAGGGAAGAAGUUCAGCUUGACUCAAGCUUCCAAGGAUUUUCAUAGUUUCAUGAUUAAUAACGAUCUUCAUGAGGUUAGAUCAAUGGGGCCAAGAUUCACUUGGUGUAAUAAUAAAUCCGAAAGUACUCGAAUCUUGGAGAAGUUAGAUAGAUGUUUUAUUAUUUCCUCGGCUCUAAACAUCAUACAUCUUGCUCUAGUUAAACACUUGUCUCGUAUAGCUUCGGACCAUUGUCCUAUACUGUUGGAUAUUUUCAAACCGGUGGAGUUUGUUAAAAAGAUAUCUGAUAUGAAGAAGUAUGGGUUUCUUAUCAUGGUGUAG